AUGUAUUACUGUAUUACUUGUUUGAAAUUUUCUCUCAUCUUUCUUUCUUUCUUUCUUUCUUUCUUUUUUUUUCUGAGAUUCUUCUUCUCCUCUUUUCUCUUAUUCCAGGAAGAUCUCAAUACCAAUGGUAUAGUUUAUCCAAUGAUUUUCGAUGGUGUACGAAGGCAGCCAGUCAUACCAGACGCAGUACCAUUUCCUUGUAACAUUCGUUUCGGCAGAUCCCCUUACGUACCGGAAAGUGUUCAUAGAUUAAGACCGGGUGACAUUGAUGUGAUCGGUGGUCUUGGUGAUUCUCUCGUAGCUGGUAGUGGUGCUUUGGAAGAAUUCGCUAUUGGAACUUUCAUUGAAGCACGUGGAGUUAGCUGGUGCGCUGGCGGCCAAGAUAAUUGGCGAAGAUUUUUGACACUACCAAAUUUAUUAAAGGUAUUCAAUCCAAAUUUAACUGGUUACUCGACCGGUACAGGCGAAUUUAUUUCAUCAAAAGCAAGAUUAAAUAUCGCUUUUCCUGUAGCAGCUACCGAAGAUGCCAUAAAACAAGCAAGAAUUCUCGUACAAAGGAUAAGAAAUGAUCCUAGGAUUAAUUUUACGAAACAUUGGAAGUUAAUCACUAUUUUCUUCGGUGCAAAUGACAUUUGUUCCGCUCAAUGUUACAAUCCUCAACAAUUUUCACCAUUACGUCAUGCUUUUCAUUUAAGAAAAGUUUUGGAUUACCUUAAAAUAACAUUACCUCGUACACUCGUUAACUUAAUUCCUACAAUAGAUGUCACGAUUUCUCUUAGAGUUAGAAAAAGUCCUAUGUGUAUUAUAUUACAUCCACUUUAUUGUGCUUGUAUGCAUCAAGGACAUCGACCAGAUAUCACAACUUCAAGAAUGUCAAUGAUGUAUCAGGAGGCAGCCGAAAGUUUGAUCAAUUCUGGAAGAUAUGACAAUACGCAAGAAUUCACAGUAGUAUUGCAACCAUUUAUGAAACAAUUCAAUGCUCCAAAUGCCGAUCCCAGUAGGGCAAGGCCAAUCGAUCCUAAUUUGGUCACAUACGAUUGCUUCCAUUUUAGUCAAAAUGGUCAUGCACUUGGUGCUAAUCUUCUUUGGAAUAAUAUGUUCGAACCAGUUGGAAAUAAAACAGAAAAAGGAUUACCUAAAAUAUUAGAAAGGAUUCGAUGCCCUACAGAAAGAGCACCUUAUAUAUUCACAAACAUAAAUUCAAUGAUAUUUCAACGAACAGGAUAUCAAGAUGGAAUUAUACCGAAACAAUGGAAAAAGUAAUAAAAUG